AUGACAUAUCCAUCGCCUGACGAUGCUGAGAGCGCGGUAAAUGCAAAGGAAGCCAUGUCAAUUAGUGAUUACGUCACUGAUAAUAGUAGCGCAUGGCAUGCACUAGAGCAGUACGGGUCGGCUUCUGCAACUGUUCCCCGGCCAGGAAAUGAAGACAGAGAACACGCGGUGAGGUUUUAG